CGAGAAAUUGUGUUCAGUGAAAAAAUAAAUUGUUGAAGAAAAAAAAGCAAGAAAAAAUAGUUCAAGUACACAAUUUUUAAUCGAAUUACUAUGGAAAAUCAAAGCAACGCAGAUCCUGCAGCUGCAGCCGCCGCGGAGAAUGGCGCUAACACAGCCCAGGAGGUGUCAUCGACAACUCAGCCCGUGGAGCCCACAAAGCGCUCCCUCCGUGUGCAGACUUGGAAAAAGAUCCAGGAGGGCAAGGUUGGCAUUGGAUUUAACAACAUAUUCAAUCGGAUUCCUGCAUUUGUGGAUGCCGAUAAGGCUGCUGCAUUGCUCAUUCAGGAGGAGGAGUUCAAGAAGGCCGAGCACAUCAAGGUGAACAUCGAUCGCGCCCUUCACGACUUUAAGGAACAGGCUUUGCUCGCCGACAAGUCUGUUUAUUUGCCCAGCACACGCGACUCGUCGGCACUGUGCCUUAAGGUCGAUGUACCAGCCGACGCCACCGACGAACAGAAGAAAGAGGCUCUGCGCGUCCAGGAUAUUCUCAAGUUCCGCACGGAAAUCGGACUGGAGAGUAAACUGAAAUUAGACCUUGUGGUGAUUGGUUCCGUCGUAGUUUCACGCGAGGGCUACCGAAUUGGUCGUGGCAAUGGAUUUGCGGACCUGGACAUUGGUCUGCUCAUUGAGUUGGGUGCCAUAACACCGGACACAGUGAUAGCCACGAUUGUGCACGAUCUGCAGGUGGUGGACACUCUGCCCUUGAAUCUGUUUCAGAAGUACGAUACACCAGUGGACAUUAUCGUAACGCCCACAGAGGUCAUACGCGUUGCAAAGCGCUUGCCCCGUCCCAAUGGCGUCUUUUGGGAGAUUUUGUCUGAGCGUCGCCUUAAGAUCUUGCCCGUUCUGCAACAGCUCAAGGAGCAGGAGGAGAAAUCAGGCAAGACCAUUGCCUUGAAGUCGGAGGACACUGAUGUUGAGCAGCAUCAAAACAGUAGGCGCCGUCGUGGGCCAUUGCGUCGUCGCUUCCCACGAGGAAACCCAGGACGCACCACCUCACAGACUGACAACGAACAACAGGGCGAAAAUACCCAGAAACGGGCUCCACGCCGAAAGGGUCGCUUCGUCAACCGCCGCAGACGCACAACCAAGUCUGAGGGCGAUCAGUCUGGAGUUGAGGGAGGUGCCAAGAGUGAGGAUCGUAAGUUCGAUGAGGGGGGCGCUGGCGAGCGUCGUCAGACGAAGAAGAAAAACCGCGGGCCGCGUGACUUUUGCGUUAAGUUGACUAACUUGACUCGUGACAUUCGCGUCAAGGAUCUGAAGAGUGAGCUUCGUAAGCGCGAAUGCAAUCCGAUGUCUAUCGCAUGGAAGGGUCACUUCGGCAAGUGCUACCUCUACUUUGGCAACCGCAAUGGCACUCCCAGCACCCAGGACGAUGUCGACAAGGUGUUGAAAUCACUGAACGAUCUCUCGCUGACCAUCACCACCGGUGGCGAGCCGGCUCCGGCAGUCGCAGCUGUUGCCGAGGGUGAAACUGUAGUGAAGUCGGAGCCAGCCGAGUCUGCAGAGACAGCACAGACGAAAACCAUCAACGUGCACGUCGAGCUGAUCCAGUUUGGCGCCAAGAAGAAUGGCGCAGCUGCCAAUGCCGGCGCUGUCGAGGGUGGCAACGAUGUCGAUGGCGGUGCGCUGAACGGGGCGGAGUCUGCUACUGUGGGGGCCGGAGACGCGAGCGCUGCACGUAUCGAGUCUGUGGACACCACCACAGUAUAGUAUGACCAAGCGCUUAGCGCAGCCACCAAACGGCUGCGGCGGAUGUCCGCCUGCAGUGCCACGCAUGGAGUUCAACGAAAAAAAGUAACAUUUUGUUUAGAAAAAGCCGAGAAAUAACAAACAAAAAAUGACACGCCGAACUCCAACAACACUACAUACUACACACUACACUACACAUACACUUACACUCAUCUCCCUCCCACACACUCACUCAAACAUACACGGAACAUCAUUUUAGCAGCUUGUAGUUUCCUCUACUCCUUCAUUCUUCUAACAAAAACAAAAAACCAAAAGAUGAGAACAAAAAAGCAGAUUUUCUAAAGAGACACAGAACACACACACAAAACUGACGCUUUUCUAAACAAUUGCAUUUGUUUUUGCUUAAGAAAAACAAAAGAAAAAUUCGUUAAAUCUUGUAAGCUAUUCAACUUAAUUGAAUCUUUGAAAUACUCCUUCCACAAAUGCAGAGUGGAACACCAUUUCUAUUGAGAAAGAAUCAUUCACACACUUGCUCUAUUCGCUUCUCGAUGUAAACGCUCCCCAUGCUGGGGACUUUCUUGAUUCUUUUCCAUUUUCUCACCCUCGCACCGAGACCCAGCGACCAUCUUCCGACCCCACCCAGCCCCCAAUGCAGUUGAGCUGCUGACGACAGGGUGGGGAGGGGAAUGAUGGGUGAAAGAUGUUAAAAUGAUAUUCGUAAAAUGUAAAAUUAACCGUAAAAGCCCACAAAUGAAAACGAGAGAUCGCGGAUAGAACCAGAGAAAUUAACAAACUAUUAACAUGUUGCAUUUUGCUGAUAAAAUAAUAUACAGAAGGGGAUUAUUAUAGAAAUUUGGUUAGUGUUUAGCCACUUUCGACACACACCAACCAAUCCAAUAAUAACACCAACCCAGAAUAACUAAUAUAUUUAACGAGAGAUCAACAAGUGCGUGAAUACAACAAUUAUACAUACAGAACAUAAUUAUUUACUCUUUUUUAUACAAAGAAAGGCAUUACAAAAAUAUGUGAAA